AUGGCUCGCUCGCCGGGGCGACGUGGCCUCCCCGUCUUCAUCGCCGGUCGCACGCCUCCAGCCCUCGUAGCCUCGCAGCAUCCCCGCGCCAUCGUCGGGCACCUCGCGCCGCUCGCCGUCGCUCGCCGGCGCCGCCUCGCCGUCCCCGACGCCUUCCUCCGCUUCGGCCCCGUCGCCCCCUUCCUGCUCCUCUUCGCCCCCUUCGACGUCCCCGACAGGCACCCCGCCACAAUGGAUGAUAAGAGCGAUGUCAACUUUGAGAAGAUUGGCCGGUCCGUGGAGAAGUCAUGGCAUACUUUGCUAUACAAGGACCGUAACAUUGUGCCUGAAGCUGUGGACCAAGGCCCGGAUCCAACCUGCGUAUUCUGCAGUUUUACAAAAGGGGGUCAAAUGGAGAUCCAUCGCAUAUUUGCAGACAAGGGCAUUCCAUGCGACAUCUGUUUAUUUCCCAAGUCGAUGGUGGAAGAUUAUCUUGCUUUGGAUGGAAUUGAUAUGACAUUGUUCUGUCAGAACAAGGACUCUCUGCACAGGUCCUUGACAGCUAGCUAUAUCUUUCGAGAGUAUGGUGUCGAAGCCACAAGCUCUGACUGGAAAGGCACUACUCGCCUUGCAAUGAAAAGCUGCACCUAUCUAGGCGACACGAUUGCAUUUGAUCAGGUCGUGGAAUUGCUUGAUAAGGGCAAGCCGGUGCUUGCUAUGAUGAUCAUGGGUCCUGAUUUUUGGAUGCUUGGCGAUGACGAAAUUUACAAAUGCAAACCUGUCUUCUUGUCAGGAGUGCUCCAAAAGCCGUUUGAGUACCACAGGGUACUCCUGACUGGACAUGGAGAGACGGAAGUAACAAAGGAGAAGUUUGUUCCAUUCCUCAACUCCCACAGCAACAAGUUUGGGCAGAACGGUGUUGGGCGUGCUUACUUCGAGGACCUAAUGUGGUUUUUCACUUUGGAGGGCACCUACCCACCACUUCUUCGACAUCAGCCGCCUAAAGUUAAUGCACUCAACCGACCAAACCUCGACAAACUAAGGCGGCGGCCCGAGUGUGAUAAUCGACCAAACCUUGACAUACGAAGGUGGCGGCCUGAAUGUGAUAACCGACGAAACCUCGAUAAACCAUGGAGGCGGCCUGAGUGUGAUAAUGGAGCAGUGAAACAAAUGCAGGCACCUGGAAGAGCUGACGCUGCUUCCUCUUGGCGUCUUGACAUGCCCCAGCAGAUUACUAAGGUGACCAAUGGUACUGCUUGGAAUGGUACAACCUGUCUCCGUGUUUUAACGAAGGAAAUAUUUGAUCAAGGUUGCAAGCUUAUGGCAUCUGGAGUGAAUGGAAUUGAUUUGAGAGAUGGUAUCUGCAUGGCAGUUGAUGAUGUCGUGAGAAACUUGAAGAGCAUGGCCCGAAUGAUAAACACUUUUCAGGAAAUAGCACAGGUGGGUACUAUAUCAGCUAAUGGGGAGAAAGAACUUGGCGAGCUCAUUGCAAAGGCUAUUGUGAUGGUUGAUAAGGAGGAAGUUAUCACCAUUGUGGAUGGUAGCACUCGAUGCAGCGAGCUUCAAGUUGUGAAAUGCAUAAAGCUUAAGAGAGGCUACUUCACUCGACACUUUAUUACCAACCAAAAGAACAAAACAUGUGUAAGAACUAGAUGA